CGCUCGCUAGCUUUCUGGAUCGCUCUCUCUCUCUCGCAAAUGAAGUUGAAGCUAAAAGCAAAGGAUAAACCGACGGACCACCCUUAUCUUGCCAAGGAAGGUGGCAAAGGAAGAGGAAUGGUGGAUCUAGGAAAUGGUAGCGAAGUCCUUUACAUUCCAAGAUUCAUAUCAUACGAGGAGUCUUGGGAAUACUUGGAUUACCUCAACAAGCACAUUCCUUGGACUAGACCCACUAUUCGCGUCUUCGGCCGAUCCUGUGUUCAGCCCAGAGACACAUGUUAUGUUGCAAAUGCAGGAUUGCCAGAACUAGCUUACAGUGGGUAUCAGCCUCGUGUGUAUUCGUGGGAUGAAUUUCCUCCACUUAGAGAAAUUUUGGACAGAGUCCACAAAGCACUUCCUGGAAGUUGUUUUAACAGCUUGCUCCUAAAUCGGUAUAAGGGUGGUGAUGACUGUGUUGGAUGGCAUUCUGAUGAUGAGAAGCUCUAUGGACCGACUCCAGAAAUUGCCUCCAUUUCUUUUGGAUGUGAACGUGAUUUUCUUUUGAAGAAGAAACCUAGUAAAAUAUCUCAAGCUAAAAGAUUCGAGGGUGAACCUCCUAGCAAAAGAUUAAAGAAGACUAGCCAUUCCAACCAGCACUCAUUUACAUUAAAGCAUGGCUCAUUGUUGCUGAUGAGAGGCUAUACCCAACGGGAUUGGCUCCACUCAGUGCCUAAACGUGCAAAAGUAGAGACAGCACGAAUUAAUCUAACCUUCAGGCAUGUUCUCUGAUUGACUUGUGAUCAAGAAAGUGCUUGUUAAGUGCUAAAGGGUACACAGCAUACAGAAUUCCUUUGAAAUUCUGCUAUGCCUUUUAAGUGCUUUUAUUUUUGUUUGAAAGCUGGUAGAUGUUGCGAAUACACGGUUAAAUACUGUGGAGACUUAGUAUAGAAGGUUUUCUAUCGUUCUUACACUUGGUGUUUAUGGAUGAAAGAAUGUGCAGAGAGAAUACAACAAACAAUGUAGACAUACAAACAUGUUAAGAUUUUUAAAUUACCUAGAGUGGACUUACAUUUGUAUAUCUGUAUAUUUGCUUGAGUGUGGGAUGCAAAACUGGUGAGGGAAGCUCUCCAUUUUAUCACGUGCAUGGAAAACCAUCCCUGCUCUGCUAAUGAUAGAUAAUGAUAUGGAGCUCAGCUAAUUAGGUCUCAGUACCUGCAACACCAUUACACCUGAACUAAGACAAGGCAAAAAGCAGUAGCACUUUGCACUGGGGAAGGAGCAUCAUCUGCCCUUGUUUUAGACUUCAUUUAGGCCUCUUUUUAACUCUUGGUAAGGUUCAAAAGCUCAUUCAAUUGCUUCAGAAUUUUGUAGCUUCACAAGAUCACUUGUAGACAUGGAUGUAUGGAUUUUCUAAGCUGGAAUAGCUUUGAGUUUCUGAGUUUGAAUGCAUAGGAACUUAAUAGGAGUGAAUUGC